GCAUGCGUCGGCACCAUUCCCAUUGGUUCGGUCGCCUGUCGUCGCUGCCAACGGAACCUUCUGAGCUGACCUUAUUUCCCCAAGACAUGCUCGUCGCCGUGACAGGUCCGGCGGGGAGCGGGCGCGCGACGAUCCGAAGGCACCUGCGCAAACAGCACGCGUUCCAGUCCGUCGGGCUUGAGCAGCAGCCGGCUUGUCUCGCGGAGGAUUCAAACGAGGCGCCGAAAGACGAGGUGCGGCGUUUCACGAGCGAAGGCGCUCUGCUCGACUAUGCGACGGCGCACUGGUCCAGCAGGCUGCUCAUCGACGACGAUUUCUCCAAGUACGCGGACAUAGACGCGUUCCGUAAGCGCCCUUUCUUCCUGCUUGUCUCGGUUAGCGCACCGGUGCUCGUGCGCUGGCAGCGCAUCCAGCACGCUGCACCGUGUACUGCAGCGGCGCUGUCUCUAGAGAAGUUUCUCGAGAUCGACGACUAUGCUCUCUUCUCGCCGCUUUCUGCAGAUGCGGAGACGGGGGUUGCUGCUUCGGCCGCGGCCGCCGCGGCUGUUGGGGCGGCAACGCCGAUCAACAUGAGCCGCGAGGAGAGCUCAGGUGUGAUUGCGACGCUGACCAACAUGGCUGUUGCGGUUGGUGCAGCAACUUUAUCGAAAGGCGAUGGAGCCACACUGCAGGGCACAUCGAUACCAUCGCAAGGGGAAUCCACGUUAAAGGAAGGCGGCGGCAACGGUGUCAGUACUCGCCGACCACUAUCGCUGUAUGAGUUGAUGCAGACGGCGGAUCUGCGCAUCCUGAACGACUUCCGCACGUCCGCCCUCUUCGCCGCAUACCUCUCCACGCUGGACCUCUCCGCGACUCACCGCCUACGACCGAGCUGGGACACAUACUUUGUCUCCCUGUGCACGCUCGCGUCACUGCGCUCCAACUGCAUGAAGCGCCGCGUCGGCGCCGUGCUCGUGCGCAACAACCGUGUCCUGUCCACCGGCUAUAAUGGCACACCGCGGGGACUGCGGAAUUGCAACGAGGGCGGGUGCGCGAGGUGCAAUGGGCGCCUUGUCCAGAGCAAAAAGCCUGGUGCAGCAACUCUACAGCAAGAGGGGGCGAUGGAGGAGGAGGAACAAGAGCAGCCGCAGGUACCAAAAAGCGGCGUCAGCUUGGAUGAGUGUCUGUGCCUACACGCAGAAGAGAAUGCGCUGCUCGAAUGCGGGCGAGAGAAGGGCGGGGCGGAGGGAACGGUGCUGUACUGCAAUACCUGCCCAUGCUUACGCUGCGCAGUCAAGAUCGUGCAGACGGGCGUCAAGGAGGUGGUGUACCAGCUCGCGUACAGUAUGGACGACCGCAGUCGCGAGAUCUUCGAUGAGGCAGGCGUCCGGUUCCGCAAGUAUGUUCCUCCAAUCUGAAGGAUUCUGAAACGCAGCUCCGUUCGGUGAGGAGGGGGGGGGAGGAUUGGCUAGUGUAAUAUUGCAA